ACUUAUUGACUCAAGGCAGUUCAGGUUUUCAUUUCUAAAAACAUAAUUCCACUUUGACAUUAUGGGCCAUUGUGUGUAGGUCAGUGACACAAAAUCUAAGUUUAAUCAUUUUUAAAUUCAGGCUGUAACACAAGAAAAUGUGGAAAAUCGGUGUGUACUUUCUGAAGGUGCUAUUUAUUUUUGGGGGGUCUAGGGCCUCCUGGCUGCCGGGUGCCCUAAGCGACUGCUUAUGUCUCUUAUGCCUGGAAGCGGUCCUGUUGAUGGUCAUUGACUGAUUUCCUCAAACUAAAAUAUGUUACAACAUUGUUACUAGUUUUUAGUCAGUGUAUUGAUAUUUAAAGGGAAACAUACGAAUAGGUUUGUAUCAGUGUAAAUACGUAACUACUUUAAUUCAAUAUUACUAGCUAAAUUACAUUUUCCUUUUGGCACGCACUUGUGGGUACAACAUGCACACUGUAGGUCUACUCUGCUGUAUUUUUAUUAGCUGAAAACUGGUUUUCCUGUGUUGAAUAGGGGUUUUCUUGUAUUUGUGUAUUUUAUUUUCUUGAUGUGUUUAAGAUGCAUGUGCUGUAUUUAGCCUUGUGAUUUAUUUAUGAUUUUUUUGGAAAGUGACAAUGCACAUCAAUUAGUUUUCAUCUGUAGACUACUUUAGUCCCUGGGCAGAUAUAUACAAACAUUUAGCUUCACAAACAUUUCACAUUUAAAAAAAAAAGACAGGUCUACAGUAGCUAUUAAAAAAUAUCAACUAGUAAGACCAUUACUCUGUUCCAGCUGGCUGAUAGGCAUUAGAUUGCUACUGUUUGGCAUAACACAGAUAAUUUCCGACCAAUUGUAGAAGAUUUGAAAUAGAUUUAAUGGAGAAAAAAUGUAUUUAAUUUAAUAACAAGCACUUUUUAAAUUCAGACGAACCCCCUGCAACUAGACAUGGACGUUUAGAAGACAUUGGUUGUCUUCCAAGUCGUGAAUUGAGGACUAUUGCCAAGUUAAUUCUUCGUGAUCGAUGUCCCUUCCACUGGACGGUUGAGCUAACGUGGGCUAAUGCGAUUAACAUGAGGUUGCAACUAACAAGAACAUUUCCCAGGACAUAGACACAUCUGAUAUUGGCAGAAAACUUAAAUUCUUGUUAAUCUAACUGCACUGUCCAAUUUACAGUAGCCAUUACAGUGAAAUGAUACCAUGCUAUUGUUUGAGGAGAGUGCACAAUUUUGAACAUAAAGUUAAUAAAAACAAAUUAGACAUAUUUAGGCAGUCCUGAUACAACAUUUUGAACAGAAAUGCAGUGGUUCAUUGGAUCACUCUAAAACUUUGCACAUACACUGCUGCCAUCUAGUGGCCAAAAUCGAAAUUGCACCUGGGCUGGAAUUACACAUGGCCUUUCUCUUGCAUUCCAAAGAUGAUGGUACAAAAAAAAAAAAAAAAGAAUGGUUGUUCUUUUUCUUUGUAUUAUCUUCUACCGGAUCUACUGUGUUAUAUUCUCCUACAUUCCUUUCACAUUUCCUUUCAAAUGGUACCAAGAAUAAGCAUAUUAUUGCUUCAGGUCCUGAGCUACAUGCAGUUAGAUUUGGGUAUGUAAUUUUAGGCGAAAAUUUACAAAAAGGGGCGGAUCCUUAUUCAAUUUGGUCAAAAAUUCUCUGUGCUAUGCCAAACAGUAAGCUACUUGUAACAACGAAUGGAGCAUCACAUUAGCCCGUUACAGUUUGUUAGUUAGCCUACAGAUGCUUUACAGUUAAAAGUUAAAUACACCUUUGUCGCACUAAGCCAAUAGUGAUGGGAAUUUCCGUUAUUAUUUGAUGUAGAAAUACCAGCAUGAUAAACUGUCAGAUGAGCUAUCUGAUAGUUGCAUCAAAUGCUACAUAGUAGCAGGCCAACUGUACGUGUGCGUGACAACUUAUUUCGCAGCAACAAUACACCCGCCAUUAUGACGCAAUUAUUGAGUGAUAAUGUUAUCGCUAGUAGCCUUCAUUACUGCUCUCAGCGCAUUGGACAAUUAUUGUCCAUCAAUAAUUCAUUGGACGAGCGCGUUCAUUACAUUUAGUCAGUAAAUAAAUAUUUGAACGACUUUACUCUUGUGAUUUGGAAUUUCGUGCAUCUACUCUUGUGUUCAUAAGCAGCAAGAUGGCUUAUCCACAUAGAGUGGUGAAUAUUCCCACGGGAUUCAAGGACUUGCUUGAGGGAGUGAGCAAGGCUGUGGUGAAGUAUCAACCGGAGAGUAUUCCCGCCUUCGCAGCGGUCUUCUUCAAUGCGCUUCUUAUCUUCAGAGACGAGAAGCCAGGCAUGCCUAUCCAUGAGCUUAUGAAAGAAUUCAGGGCUACAAAAGGCUCUCAUUUCUACAGGAAGCAGAAUAAAGCUGUAAAACCACAAGUACAGCCGCAGGUCACUGUCCAAAGUCCUGAAAGGUCCCCCCAUCCCAAGCCAAUCCCGGAGUGGGAGGCAGGCCCGUUGCUAAUGGAAGCUAGAUGUGAGGAUGUCAGGGAGCUUUUCUCCUUCAUCUCUAGUGAACAGCCCUGCAGCAGCCCAGACAUCCAGGCUAUGGAUGCAAUGGCAGGAGCUUCUACUGAUGGUGGCCAGAAUGAGUGUGGCCUGCAGGUCUCUGCCACCACCAUCACACUGUCCCCAGGGCCCAUCCCAGCAGACAUUGCCCAGGGCCUGGCCCUGUACCGGCGCAAGAUUGACCUAGAGUCGUCCCCCCGGGACUCUCCUCCACUCGGGGCUUCCGCCAACAACUCCUGUGCGCGUGUCCGUUCGGCCCUCUUCGAGCGGGUCUCCUUCAGCGAGAUCAGCAAGGAGUUGGAUGCGGUGCUGAUCCGGACUGGCGUGCUCCCAUCAGAGUCCCUGAUCAUCGUGCAGACAGAGCAUGUACCCGAGAUGAUUGUGUUCCAGGCUCAUCCCCUAUUGGCUGAGAACGCAGCAGUGGCUCCGCCUCCGUGUGACGUCCCUGUCAGGUCUAAGUGCAGCUGUGCCUCGAUGUUGGGCGCCCUCGAAGACGUGGUGGCACCAUUGGAGGUGGCCGGUACAUCUCAGCCUAGCUAUCCCAUCUUAGCAUCCGUCUGUGAGAUAGCAGCUCCCGUGGUGGAGAGACCAACUGCCAAGGUCGCUGAGCCUGAGGAGUCUCCAGCCCUUGGAGACAAGGUUGUACCCCUUGAGGUCCACUCUGCACAAGUCGAACCCCAGGAGAUGACACCCUCAAGGCCCUCCAUCCCAGUUGGAACACUGGAGCUCCCUGUUUCAGCCCCUGCUGUGUCUGACUCCCCUGCUGUGUCUGACUCCCCUGCUGUGUCUGACUCCCCUGCUGUGUCUGACUCCCCUGCUGUGUCUGACUCCCCUGCUGUGUCUGACUCCCCUGCUGUGUCUGACUCCCCUGCUGUGUCUGACUCCCCUGCUGUGUCUGACUCCCCUGCUAUGGCUGUCCAAGAGGUGCAGAUUAGUGUGACUGAUCGACAUCUCUCAGUCAUCCUACACUCCCUCUCUGGUGCAACUUCACCAUCCGAGACAGCAGAGGAUGUGAUGCUGGUUCCUAUGGUAGUGUCCCCUCCUGAAUCAGUCAAAAAGGCGGCGAGAGAGUCCUCUGAUCUUCUGUGUCCUCUUCCUGUAGCAACAUUGGAGACUGAGUCUGUUAGUGUGAUUUGUCCCCCUCCUUCUCCAGUGACUGUGGAGAUCCAACCUUCCAUUCUGGCUUCUCCCCUUACUGCUGCAACCGUGGAAACAGAAUCCUCCAAUCGGAUUUGUCCUUCUGUGGUCAGCGUGGAGACUGAAUUGGCCAAUAUGCGAUCUUCUUCUGCUGCAAAGACAGUGGAGGCCGACUCUUCUGUUGUGACCUGUCCCCAUACUGCAGUGACCGAUGACUUUGUGGCCUCUGUUUCUGUGUGCCUCCCUGUUGUGGCACUAGAAGAGACCGGUAUCCCUAGUGUGCAGCUCCCAGCUCCCGCGAUUGCCUUGACAGAGGAAACUCAGUGCCAGUCUGCUUCACCAUGCCUACCCACCCUCACGGCCGCAGGAGAGUCCAGAACCCCCUUCUUGGUCUACCUCCCACUGCCUGCUCCAGAGCUGGCUAAGACCCCUGGUCUGUUGUGCCAACUGGGCCUGGGACCAGAGGAAGCCAAGAGCUUCCCUUUCCUGUGUCUCCCUAUUUCUGACAUCCCCAGGACCCCAAGUCUUGUGACUGCCAGCCUGGCUCCAGCUCAAACUGCGGCUGUUGCUCCUGCUGCUGCUCCGGAUUUACCAAGGACCAACCUCCCCGGAGUGACAGAUAUCCCCAGGACCCUGAGUUAUGUGGCGGCUGGAGCUCAGGAGCUACCACGGCUCCAGAGCUAUACGGCUAACACCGCUGAAGUCCAGGAGCCACCGAGGACCCCCAGCUAUCUGGCUAACACCCCUGGAGUUCAGGAAAUACCACACAACCCCAGCUAUCUGAAAAACUCAGCUGUCUUCCAAGAUAUGUGUUUUAUGUGCCCCUCCGUUACCGCCUCCAAUCUGUCCAGGAACAAUAGCUUUGUGCACUCUCCGGCUGCCAUGGCUCCACAGCAGCCGAUUAGGGGCCCGUGUAUGAUGUCUCUGUACCCCCAGGGAGGGCCUGUGAUGGGCCACUGUACCCACUCCCCAGGACAGUGUUCUGCAUCUCUGCAGCAGCAGGCUGGCAUGGCUCCGCUCAACCACGGACAGCAGACCAACACCAACUUCAUGCCCAUUUGUUCUCAAGGGCCAAGCCUGUGUAGCUGCCUCAGCAGGACCGGUAGCCACUGGCGCCUCUGCCACCUGACGCGACCCGAGUCCCAGGGCAGGGUGAGCAGCAUGAUCUGCCCCUACCAGAACUCCCAGACCAUGAUGCACUGCAACAGCCUGGAUCACAUGGCCAACAUCCCCAUGUACCAGGACUGUGGCCACUACUCUAGCAGCUGCCACCUGCUGCCACCGUGCUCCCAGUCGUCCCACAGCAGCCUGCACACCCACCACGUGGCCGAGCCCCAUUGCUCUGCUCACAACCUGGGCACCUCCUUCGUCCAGCCCCAGACCUGCUCCUCCGACCCCCUCUUCCACUUCCCCCAGCAGUACCACCUGUUGGCCACCCCCUCCCAGGAGAGGCAGCAGGCCCUGUGCCCUCUCCAGUGCCCACUGCUGCAGCAGCGCCACAGCUCCCUGCUCUUUUGUGGGCACCAGGGGGAGCUGAGCAGGCGGGGCUCCUCCAGCUGUGUCCCUGCCACCAACCAGAGACAGAACCAGGGAGGAAUGGAGCAGAAGAACAACAUCCCCAGCUGCGUAUCGCUUCAUAACAAAAGAUUAGACACAAGCUCAAACAACAAUCAAGGCUGCGUCAUGAACUGCAAUCCCCAGGGCAACUAAUCCUGUCUUCACAUGAGAAGGACCUUAUUUUUGCAGUUGCCAAUGUCUCUUUUGCAUUCUUUUAAACUGAUAAUGAGGAAUAAAUAUACUUACAUUGCAUGAAUUUCGAUAGUGUACAAACCCUCAAUCAAUCACUGCAAAAACAUACAACUUAAGGUAAUUGCAGCUAUAUAAAGGCAGUAGAUGGAGGGUAAACUUCCACAUUGAUACAAAAGUUUGACAAAGAUUCGGUAUUGGGCUGUUGUUUAAAGCUACAAUCCUUAGUUGCUACAUCAUUUUUUGGACUAUAACUUAUAAAUCCCUCUUGAGCUUAGUUCAACUGUCAUACCCCAUCAGAAACCAAAAUAUAAGCUUGUUUUACUCCAAUGUUUGUAAACAAUGUAAACAAACACUUUAUACCCUCCAAACAUGGUUCAAACUAUAAUUUUGAUAUCACUGAUGGUCAGUCCUUACGUCUAUGGCUCUGUCUAUGAAUUUGAGAGAGGCAUGGAGAAAUGUAACCACUCUCAGCUUUUUACCAAAACAGUGGCGAGGUGUCACUUUGUUCUAUUUUUAAACUAAGGAUUCUAGCUUUAGGACCACUCUGUUUCUAUGAAAUGCGCACAAUGUUAUCCAAUCUAUCUAUGAAUAGAACCAUUGCAACACUCACAAAAUGAGUCAUAAUGUCACAUCCAUGUUGCAUAGUAACAGAUUCCAAGUGUGAGUUAAAAAAAAAAUUAUAAUAAUCACCAUCAACCUUUAAAUCUGGCUUAGACAGUCUGGACUGACUUGGACUGAGCCUAAGGCCAUUUCAUCCUUUGAACAUCUGCCCAGUUACUUGUCAGAACUCAAAAUGACCUGUUCGCCAGGCUGUUACGACAUAGAUCCAAAUGUUGCAUGGGGUAAGGAAUAUAUAUAUAUUUUUUUAAAGCUAAAUUUGCCUGCAUGUAAUGUUAGCUAUUAUACAUGUUGUUUUCCUGCUAUUGAAGCUCAUCACAACAUUAUUUUACCAUCUAAUGAGAAGUUAGAGCAACUACACCAUAUUAUUUAAAAAGUACAACAAUACAGUAGGUAGAAAGUGAUAGAUUGUUACUUUUGGCUAUGUUGUGGUAGAUGAGCUAAACAAUGGAAUUCCACCACAUGACCCAUGCCUGUUGAUUACCACCAACAUCAAAUCAAAGUUCAUUUGUCAUGUGCGCCCGAAUACAACAGGUGUAGAACUUCCAGUGAAAUGCUUACUUACAGGCUCUAACCAAUAGUGCAAAAAAAGGUGUUAGGUGAACAAUAGGUAAGUAAAGAAAUAAAACAACAGUAAAAAGACAGGCUAUAUACAGUAGCGAGGCUAUAAAGGUAGCAAGGCUACAUACAGACACCGGUUAGUGAGGCUGAUUGAGGUAGUAUGUACAUGUAGAUAGGGUUAAAGUGAUUAUGCAUAUAUGAUGAACAGAGAGUAGCAGUAGUGUAAAAGGGGGUGGCGGGACACU